AUGAGUCCAGCAGAUGCCGGUUGCUUGGUCUCUCUAAUCAAAAACUUGGAGCUGCAAUUAUCACUGGGUGACGUGGAGGAACUGGUGAAGUUAAUGAAAAACAUCUCCAAUGAGAUCACCAGAGAGACUGGAGCCACUACAAAACCACGAAAUUCAGUUCGAGCAUCAUUGAGCAAGAAUGUGGACCAAACUAAAUUUGGUAGCUUGGGCAAUGCCUUCGCAAUCAUCUUUGUCGAAGUGUUCGAAGUGGGUACUUUGGCUGCCUGCGAUUGGGAGAUCAUCGAAACUGCACUGGAAUGCAUUGUUGCAGCAAAGCAUGUGAGAGACUUCGAACUCUUGGACUGGGUCCAAGAGGAGGAAGCGAGAAAAGCUAGGGAAGCAGAGGCGCUGAAGGAGAAAGAAAAUGCUGAGAAGGCUGAACAGGAGAAACUCAAACAACAGCACAUCAUGCGUCUGCAAGAGAUCAGAGAGGUCAAAAAACAAUGCGAACGUGAUGAAGCCAAACUUGUGGCGACAUGUCGAGAAUCUUCCAGCUCGCACUAUGUGGAUGGAGCUCCCAAACCAGGUGAUUUAUUCCGAGGAGACACGCCCGAGAUGAAAAAGCCGAAAAACGACUAUCAUGCCAAGGUCCAACCCAGAUAUGAAGUAUCUCCAGGAAAGAAAAGGUGGAUGAACGGAAAAUGGUACAGACCUGAAGAAAUUGAAUUGUUUGAAAAAUGUCGCAGAGAGACGGACGCAAGAAUAGCAGCUAAUAGGGCUGCAGCUUUGGCCCGCAGAGAGGCCAUGGCACAGCAGAAACGAUGA